UCAUCGUACUUGUGAGCGCUCUCUGUCUCCCUCUUGCUCCUCUUCAUCUUGUCGCCGCCGUCGCUAGCAUAGCCUUGUCCUCCUUCGUCGAUUGCCUCCGUUCGCCGAUUUGGUGACUAAUUGUGGCUGAUUCGUACUAAUCUCUGCUGUUGAAAUUGUAGUGAAAUUGUGGAGAUUUUAGAAAAAUAAGGCUCUUGCCGCAGAGGCGGUAAAAUGUUGAGCAACAGGGAUCAAAAUUUACCUGAAGAUGUUGUAAAUGAGAUACUCUCAAGGCUACUCGUGAAAUCCCUGUUGCGAUUCAAAUGUGUUUGCAGAUAUUGGUACACUCUAAUUAAAAGCCCCGAUUUCAUUAGCAAGCACUUUAACCAGGAAAACAAUAAUGGUUGUCUCCUUGUUCAGCAUUAUAUUUCCGACAUUGAUAGAUAUGCGAUUGCUCUUUUCCCAGAUGAAACACUUGCUGGCAUACCACCUUUGCAUGAAAAUUUUGAUCAUCUAUAGAGCCUAAAAGAUAUAGGCAAUGUUGUUGGCCCCAUUGACGACAUAUUUUUGUUGCACAUUCCUGGGUAUUACAGCAAUAGUGACCGUAUGGCUCUGUGGAACCCUAUUUUGAGAGAGUUCAACCGCAUCCAUGUACUCGAACCUAUCUUUCCCCCAAAUUUUCAUGCCGUUACAAAUGUGGUUGGAUUUGGGUUGGACCCAUUGACUAGGGAUUACAAGAUUAUUGGGAUUCGUGACUAUGUUGAAACGAUUGGUGAUGAAACAUAUGAUCUAUAUUAUCCUUAUCAUGUUGCUGCAAUAUACACUCUAGGUAAAGAUUCGGGGAGACAUUUCGAUCUUGUUACAAUACCUAAAGACCGUACUGUCUAUAAUUCUUUGUGUGCCACAUGCAUAAAUGGAGCAUAUUAUUGGUUGUCUGGUUUGGAUUAUAGUGAAUAUAGGAUCCUUUCAUUUGACAUGCGGCUGGAGGAAUUUAGAAAGAUAGAGGGGCCUGACCAUCCUGAACCUAAAUGGGGGUUUCUUUCAUUGCACAAUGAUUCUAUGGGUUUGUUCCUUUGUCAAACUGGUGUGAUUUUGCAAUCUAUUAUUGAUAUAUGGGUGAUGGAGGAGGAAGGCUGUUGGACCAAACUAAUAACAACAAAUCCCUUUCUAGAAGUUUUUCUUCCACGGGGGUUUUGGAAGGAGGAGCUUUUGUUUGAAAGUCAGACGAAUGAGCUGGUGUUGUACAACCAUGAAACCCACGAGAUGAGAAAUCUUGAAAUCUACGGAUGUGGCAGUGCUCUUGGGCUUUGGGCUAUUUGUUACAAGGAGAGCUUAGUUUCAGUGUUUGGACAAAAUGAUGAGGAUGGGAGAAGGAGGGGCUACCAAUUCUUUGAUGCGGUUCAUGACUUCUUUAUUACUAGUUGUUGCACGAGCUUAGGGUCUAGGAAUCCAGAUCCCGAAUAAUUUAUUUAUUCUUGUCUUGAUUGUCUAUCUUCGGACUCACUCUGUUUUAUUGUGGGUAUGUUUUCUCA